AUGCCGCUUCCAGCUUUGAACCCCAACCGCCUGCCCCAGCCGGGUCAGGAGGCCCUCGCGCAUUUUGGAGAGUCUGUCGAGGUCUUCAUUUCGUAUUUCGACGCUGACGGAGUUCUGGAUGCUCCCAACAAGUCUGCUGGAAAUUUCCGUGUCUCCAAAGGCACGACGAUUGAGUUGGUGGCUUUGAACGGCUCGCAGCCUCUCCCCGUCGUCGGGUGCAUCGCGGAGUCGCCGCUGGGCAAAGAGGAGCGGCUUCCGCAGCGAACGGCGGAGUUCGGAACCCUCGUCUUUGCGUUCAAAGCUGAGUUGGCAGGCCCGUAUCGCAUUCAGCUUCAGUAUGGUCCUGCGCCUUGUCCGAAGCGCACUAACCACACAGGAGACGCUGACGCCUGCGCGCGCUCGCCUGCCUCGGUGGUCAUCGUUGAACCUUCCCUCAGCAUCAACGGUGUGCCGCUCAAACAAGAAAGCAUCUCCGUCCAAACCGUCCUCUCCAGGUGUCUAGGCCCUUUCAGCGGAUGGCGGCGCAUGUUCACGCAGACUGGAGAGCUCGGCUACAACGUCAUCCACUUCACGCCUCUCCAGGCUCUUGGCGAGUCGGGCUCAUGCUACAGCAUUGCCGACCAACUGCACAUCAGCGAGUUCUUCCUGGACGACCGCUCGCUGAAAUCGAGACACCUGGAGGCUUGUGGCGACGCCGCGGGCGCCGGGCUGCCGGAGCCUGUCAUGCCUCUGAGGCGAGCCGACAGCAGCGAAGUCGUGGGCUUGGAAGAACUGAGGGCCAUUAUCCACAUGAUGGAAACCGACCUCGGACUGCUCAGCACUAUCGACCUCGUCCUGAACCACACGGCCAGCAACAGUCCUUGGCUGCGAGACCAUCCCGACAGCGGAUACAGCCCAACGAACUCGCCGUGGCUGUGUAGCGCGUACGAGCUCGACUGGAAGAUCCAGGAGUUCAGUCAGCGCGUCGUUCGCGGCGAGUUUCGCGACAAGUACGGGGCGACAAAAGACAUCAACGACGAGGGCCAGCUGCAAAACGUGAUGCGCGCUUUUGACGAAGAGCUUCUCAAACCCUUCCGCAUGGAAGAGUGGUUUCUCCUGCACAUCGACAAUACCGUGCAGGCGUGGAUCGACGCGCUCGCGGCAGGUGGACCAGAAGGCGAAGAGCAAUCCCUGAACGAUGGAGAGAUGCACGAACGCCUCUUCAAUGAGGCACUGAAGCUGGUGGGUAUUAAGCGGGGGGCGACGAUUGUGAUUCCGGGUUCCGUGCUUCGCAACCUUUUCCCGCGCUCCCAAGAAGACCGUCUCCGGCGGCUGCUGGGAGGCGUGAAUUCGCGACUUCUGGAAAAGGCGCACGAGUCAGCCAACUUUGUGCGCCAAGCCGUCGAAGGCCACGCGCGGUGGGAGCGGCUGCAGUGUCGGCGCGGGCCCUUAGGUUUGAAGCACUGGGAGGCUCUCGCGCCGCGCUACUUCACUCCGCUGAAUGAAGAGGAACCGGACGUCACCAAGAGGACCGUCCUCGCCAACAACGGAUGGGUCAUGGGCUGGGACGCGACCAAAGACUUCGCCGCUGCAGGCGCCCUCGUCUACCUCCGACGCGAACUCGUGGUCUGGUCAGACUGCGUGAAGCUCCGAUACGGCACUGGCCCCGAAGACUCGCCUUUCCUCUGGAACCACAUGACCGAGUACUGCCGCAUCGCCGCCAAGGCUUUCCACGGCGUGCGCCUCGACAACUGCCACUCCACGCCGAUCCACGUUGCUCAGCACAUGCUUCGGGAGUGUCGUCGGAUUCGACCAGACUUUUGGGUGUUUGCAGAGUUGUUCACGGGGAGUCAGGCGAUGGAUCUGCACUUUGAGCGUUGCCUGGGGAUCAACGCGCUGGUGCGCGAAGCCAUGCAGACGCACGAUGCCUGGGACCUCGUGAACCACUUGAAGAAAUUCGGCAUGCAGCACGGCCUCGGGCAGUUGUCGCCAGUGGCGGCGCUCGACCGGAACGAAGCCGCCCUCGCCACGGAGGUUGGCAGCGCGCGCCACAAGACCCCCAAGAACGGCGCAGCGCACGCGGCGGAGCACGCCAAGCGCGAAGACGAUGCCGGCGCUUCGCUCGGCGCGCCCGACCACAUGGCGAAGCUGGAGAGCCCGACUUCAGUCUCAGAGUGCCGAGGCGUCCCGCUUCGUCCGGCGGUGUGCCCCGCGCUGUUCUACGACUGCACGCACGACAACGAGACUCCCAGCCAAAAGUUCACGCCUGGCGCAGCUUUGCCUCUCGCCGUGCUUCUCGCCUCUGCAGGCUGCGCCGUCGGUUCAACGCGCGGCUACGACGAACUCGUCCCGCGCACGCUGUCGGUCGUCGCCGAAGACCGCCGGUACGAGGACUACCACGGCGAGGUGCCGCUGCUGAACCCGCUCGACUUGGUCGCCGGGAAGGCGCCGAGUCCGAGCCACAAGAUGAACGCGACGGAGGGGAAGAAGGCAAACGGCGCGGCGCAUGCCCCGGCCAGAAAGCUACCCGAGGAAAUCAAACUCGCGUGGACACACGGCGGCGGCCACGUCGUGGUGCGUGGAAGCUGGGACGGCUGGCAACAGGACGUGGAGGGGACGCGCGACGAGCGGGGACAGUUCCAAGUCGUCUUGAGGAAGGGCGUGCACUAUGCGCGAGGCGGGAACGCAGACCAAGAGACUCCCGAGCGACUCGAGUUCAAGUUCAUCGUCGACGGAAACUGGACUGUCAACGCCGACUUGCCCCGCGAACGCGUCGGCGGAAACGAGAACAACGUCCUCUCCACCGACGGCUCCAGUCUCGAUGGAUCUGGAAAUCCAGGCGAUUCGUUGCCGGGGAUCUUGUCGAUUCGGCCCAUCAUGAACGCCAUGCACGUGAAGGCAGGCCAAGAAGGAUUCAACCAACUGGCUGCGGAGUGCAAAUCGGACGACCUCGUAGUCGCCGUGCGCCACCAUCCGCAAACGCACGAAUGCAUUUACUUCAUUGCGCGCUGUGCCUACCAGUGGCAACAAGGUGACCCGCCUCUCCCGGAGAUUCAGUUGAGUGGGAAGAUCAAGGAGGUUCCGUUGAUGGCGACGCUGUUUGUCCCUGGGGACGCCCGCGACCGUUUCCAGCCUGCGGCUUCGCGGAUCAACGGUUUGCCGGGGGCUGCGAGGGUAUUUUCGGAUCUCAGUCACUUUGCGCCGAACACGCACUUUGACGGCGCGUCGAACACGACCUGUCUUCGCCUGCAGAACUUCCCGCGGGGGUCGGCGCUGAUUGUGUGCACGGCGCCUGGGUCUGCCUUCCUCGACGCCUCGGCCGUCGCGCUCGCGCGUGAAAGGAACCCGCUCUUCACCCCUGCAGCGGCGCCGCACUCCGCGUUGCGGUUCCACGCGUCCCAGUUGUAUCCGCGCCUGCGGGAAGUGUCUCUGACGGCGAUGUCGGAGCUUCUCUACUCGUGCGACCAAGAAGAGCGCGACCGCGGCUCCGGGACCUACAACGUAGCCGGGUAUGGCCAGCUGGUGUACGCGGGGCUCUGUGGACCCGCUGCACUUCUGGACCAAGUCCGUGUCCUCGCAUUCGAGCGCCAAACCGACCACCCGUUCUUCCGGAAUCUCCAGCAAGGCUUCUGGCUGCUCAGGUACUCCGUCGACCGCAUCGCUCCAGAGUGCCUCAAGCCCCUGAAGCAGUGGCUGCAAGAAGCGGUAGAUAUCGUCGAGCACCAGUUCCCCGUCUACGACUGGUUGCGACCUUUCUACGCCGACGCCAUCCUGUCUCACGCCUACGCAACCUGUUGCCGAUUCGUGGUCGACCAGAUGCCCCUGACACAGCCAGGGCGCGCUGGGUCGGGAGGCGGCUCCGCGAAGAGAGGCGAGGGCGAUGCGCGUGCGGAGACGCAGGCAGCGGAUGCAGUCGUGGAUGGCGUGAGCAACGAAGCCUGCCGGAAGAACGGGGUGGCGGCGAAGAAAGAGAAGGCCCGCGCGGACUGUGGAGAUCGAGGCCUGCUCGAGACGUGCAGUUCCGUGGGAGAUCGGCUGCUGGCCGAGUUGAGUGUCGCCACGCUGCAGAUGUACUCCUUCGUCCCCUCCGCGCCCCUCGUGUGGGGUACGCAGCAGCCAAGCAUCGCCGCAGGCCUGCCGUUCUUCUCCUCGGGAUUCAUGCGCGCCUGGGGCAGAGACACCUUCAUUGCCCUCCGAGGCAUUCUCCUCGCCACCGGUCGAUACGACGCAGCAAAGGCAGAGAUCCUCGGCUUUGCGCGCGUCAUGCGACACGGCCUCAUCCCCAAUCUCCUCGACGCUGGCAACAAUCCCCGCUACAACGCCCGAGAUGCGACUUGGUUCUUCUGCCAGGCGAUUCAGGAUUAUUGCCUCUGCGCCCCUGACGGUUUGCAAAUCCUAAAGACGCCUGUGGAAAUGAAAUACGAAAGCAACGCGACACAGGUCCCUGACUUGCCAAUUAAAACUCUCGCCGAUGUCAUUCACCACAUUCUCCUCUCGCACGCAAAGGGAAUCGAUUUCAGAGAGUGGAAUGCGGGCCGCCAGAUCGACGAACACAUGCGCGACGAAGGGUUCAACGUUCGCGUCUUCAUGGAUCCGAGCAACGGGCUUAUAUUCGGAGGCAAUCGCUUCAACUGCGGCACGUGGAUGGACAAGAUGGGCUCCAGUGACAAGGCUGGGAAUCGCGGGCUGCCGGCAACGCCGCGCGACGGCGCAGCCAUUGAGAUCAUCGGCCUACUCAAGUCGACGCUUCGCUUCGUCACUCGCCUCCCGGAGGAGUUUUUCCCGUACAAGACGGUCACAACCUCCUCAGGCCAAGAGAUGACCUACGUCCGUUGGAACUCCCUGCUCGAUGCCCGAGUCGAAAAGUGCUUCUACGUCCCAAAAGAGCCGCACCAAGACUCCGAGUACUUUGUCGACGGCACCUUCAUCAACCGUCGCGGAAUCUACAAAGACACCUACAAGGCCACGGAGGCGUGGCGCGACUACCAACUCCGACCCAAUGCAUGCGUCGCUCUCGCGGUCGCGCCCGAGCUGUUUGACCGGACGCAUGCACGCGAGUACUUGGAAGCGGUUGAGAAGGCACUGUGGGGGCCGAACCAGUUGGGGCUGAAGACGCUUGACCCUUCAGACUGGAAUUACAGACCUGACUACGACAACGCCAAUGACUCCAACGACUUCCACGUGGCGCAUGGGUACAACUAUCAUCAGGGACCGGAGUGGGUUUGGCCGCUGGGCUAUUUCCUCAGAGCAAAGAUGAUUUUCGCGGAGGAGUUCGACAAAGAGCCUGGCAGAGGCGGCAAAUCUGCGGGGCCAACCAAGCGCGCCAGCUUCCGCGUGCAGGAAGACUGCAUGCGUUUCCUGCAGACCCACAGAAAACACCUCGAAACAGACAAAUGGAAGUCUCUGCCAGAGCUCACAAACUCCAGCGGCAGCUUUUGCAAGGACAGUUGCCAAGCGCAGGCCUGGUCCGUAGCGACUCUUCUCGCCUUCCUCAGCGACCUCGUCUCCGAGCCUGCCGAUCCCCGAAAAGUCGGACUGAAGGCCUCCCCGAACGCUGUAGAUGACGCGUGA